AUGUCUUCCAUUGUUCUUCUCUUUUUUCUUUGUCUUUCUAUCCAUGCAUGCAAUGCCCGACUUCUAGGCCUCGUUGAUAAGCAAAGUGGCAGUAAAUCCUACCAUUCUGUUGAGGAUGUAAAGAAAGUUUUAAGUGAGACUUCAAAGUCAUCGAUGAUGCCUACCAUCUCAGUUGAAUACCAAGCACAACAAAUAAACGCUGAAACAUUCACCCAUGAAAGUAUCCCGACGGCUCUUUUGAGGAAACAAGGGCAUGCCAAUGGACCAGCCUCAGGAUAUGAUAUUAUUACAUUAUCUUCCCAGGUUGAGCAGAAGAAAUUGAUUAAAAUCCAGGGAUUGAAGAGGCGGGCACGGACAUUACUGGGAUCUGCAACACAUAACAUGGAGGAAGACAAAGAUUCGAAGGAAGAUGAACCUAUUGAGGACGUAGGUGUUAUGGAUUAUGCACAACCUCACAGGAAGCCACCCAUUCACAAUAGAAAGUCCUAG